GUUGCAAAUAAAUAACUAACUACUAGUACUGUACUGUUGAGAUAUGAGUAUUUGGUAGUUUUUUGCAUCACGCGCCGUUAGGAGCGCGUGGUCGUGUCCAAUCCCGCUGCUAUUAUAAUAGUGCUUCUCUGAGGCUUACACUCAGAAGAUCGUAGACUCAUCCUUCCCCUGCGAUUGGGAGGGAGCGAGGUGCAUUCAAUCUUUCGUCAUGGCGCGGAGGUUGUUGGCGGCACUGGCAGCCAUUUCCAUAACCGUCUCUGUACUUUUCGGAGAUUCCGUUGACUGCUUCGACGGUGGCGGCAAAUCCGAACCACAGCCCACUCUCUGCAACGAGCUCAUUCUCCCCGCCGGUUACCCCUGCUCCGAAUACAUGAUUCAAACGAAGGAUGGUUUCUUGUUAGGUCUUCAGCGUGUGUCUUCUUCUUCGUCUUCUCUUCGUUUCGGGCAUGCAGGAGAGCGAGGCCCUCCGGUUCUGCUUCUGCAUGGCCUAUUCAUGGCAGGUGAUGCAUGGUUUCUAAAUACUCCUGAACAAUCAUUGGGCUUCAUCCUUGCAGAUCAAGGUUUUGAUGUAUGGGUAGGAAAUGUACGGGGAACACGCUGGAGCCAUGGCCAUAGGUCUUAUUCAGUGAAGAAUAAGAAAUUCUGGGAUUGGAGCUGGCAGGAAUUAGCCCUGUAUGAUAUGGCAGAAAUGAUCAAUUACAUAUAUUCAGUAACAAAUUCAAAGCUAUUCAUAGUUGGGCAUUCACAGGGAACAAUUAUAUCUUUUGCUGCCUUCACUCAACCAGAUAUAGUAGAAAAAGUUGAAGCUGCAGCCCUUCUUUCUCCAAUAUCAUAUUUAGAUCAUGCCACUGCACCUCUUGUGCUUAGAAUGGUUAGCAUGCACAUCGAUCAGAUGGUUCUUACCAUGGGUAUUCAUCAACUGAACUUCAAAAGUGAGUGGGGAACCAAUCUCUUGGUUUCCUUGUGUGAUACGCGUCUAAGCUGCGGUGACAUGCUUUCAUCCAUAACAGGUUCAUGUGCCCAACACUAUCUCUGUCCUCUAUGCUUAGAAGGGUUUGACUUUAUUUCAGAUGUAGGAAUAGUGGUCAGCGAUAAGCUGGGUAUAUGGUGGAAUGGAAAUAAAGCGUGGGGGUUUGUUAAAUGUUUUUUUUUUUUUUUCCCGUCAUCUGCCAAAAACUUGAACCACCUUUUCCAGAUGAUCCGCGAAGGUACUUUCUCCAAGUAUGAUUAUGGAAAGUUAAAAAAUGUGAAAGUGUAUGGAAAGUUCAAACCACCUAAGUUCGAUCUUAGCCGCAUACCAAAAUCAUUGCCUUUGUGGAUGGCUUAUGGUGGAAAUGAUGCUUUAGCAGAUGUAACGGAUGUCAAGCACACUCUCCAGGAAUUGCCAUCCACACCGGAGCUGGUUUAUCUUGAAAACUAUGGCCAUGUUGACUUUAUUUUAAGCUUGCAAGCAAGACAAGAUCUAUAUGAUCCUAUGAUUAAUUUUUUCAAGUCAUCGGGCAAAUAUAGUAGCAUUUAAGAAUACAAUAUUAUAAUAUUUGCCGUUAUUACUUGCACCAUGUAAUAUAGUAACGGUUUAUUGAUCCGUGAAUCCCUCCACUUUCUCCCUAAAGUUAAUAUUCUGUGGAGCCUAUCUCUUGAUCUCCUUCCUGUAAAAAUUAUGAACCAUAGAGGAAAAGAUUCAAUGGCAAUGCAAGCACAUACCUUCUGUAA